AUGGAGGCCGAGCUCACGAAGCAUGAUGGAUUUGGCGACUGGAGUGAAGGGGGUGAAGGUGGGGUGUUCGCUAGGAUCAAGCAGAAGUGUCUGCUUCUGCUGCGCGCAGAGGAUGCGUCCUCUCGCGACGAAGCGCUGCAGGGGAUCAGCAGCGAGUUCGAUCAGAUGAGCAACGAUGAUGCGGGCAAGUUGAUGGAGUUCGCGAUCUUUCCGAUCCUCUUCCUGGUGCGUGACAUGACAAGGGCGGAUCAACAUCCUCGUCGGGCCGCAGUGUGCAUGGCGAAGGAGAGGGGCUUAGAGCUGGCGCUUGGAGCCAUGUCGAGCAUCUUAGCUAGCGCGGGCAUUGAUGCUCUAGACGACAAGCAGACUAUGGAUGUCUUGCUGAUAGUCACCAAGACUCUCACGCACUUCGAGGACCCGUCACCGCCGAGCGAUGUGCCUCAGGACGCUGUUGACUCCUCCUCCUCCUCCUCCUCUAGCGGCCUGAUGACAGGCUCGUCUCCUCCCAGAUGGCUUACCAACGUGUGGGAGGAAAGCGCUGCCAAGCUCGGGUAUGUCGUGGCGGUUCUGCUAGCUGUCUCGAGAGGGAGCAAGGUCCUGUCAGGAGCACAAUCUGUGCAGAUCUUGGAAUUCUUCUUCGAGCACAGCGGUGGAUGUCUGGAACGACAGGCGUUCUAUCUUCCAGGGAUAGCGAGUGCUUGCUGCAGGAUCGUUGUUGAGAGCGGCGGGAAGGGAACGGCGUCGAGGCUGAUCUCCUCGACCCUGAGCCUGUGGGGGACAGUCCUGCGAAAGUUCCUGAGCCCGCAUGUUGUCAAGAUGCAGGACGAGGGGCAAGUGGAUGUGGAGCUGUCGCUCGGGUCCUUUUGCAGGAUGGGGGUGAAGGACGAAGGGGAAGCAGCUCAUGGUGGAAGUUCGGACUGCCCGAGCUCGGUCGGAGACAGGGGGAGCUUGACGGUCGCUUUCGACAGCCGAUGGAUCGCCACGACGGAUGACAACAUGUCCUGCCUCCUUCAGAGGGUCUUGAGCUUGUGUACGACACAUCCGUCGGCCCGUGUGAGGUCGAGGACAGUGUCCCUGUUGGAAAGUCUGCUGUGCGAUUGCAGCCAUGCACUUGUCAAGUGCAAUCGCGCUGGGUUUCAAGCGCUAGCGUCAUUGACCUCGGACGACAACGGAGACGUGGAAAGGAACGCCAACGCGAUUGUCUCCCGCUUGAAUGCGUCGGGGAGGCUGAGGAAGAUGGCUGGCAAGUUGCAAGAUGAAGUUGAGGAGCUAGUUGCGAAGCUUCCGGCCAAGUUCAGAUGUGAGGCCGACGACGCUGUCAAGGAAAGGAGCACGGACAGGGUGGAAGUUUCCUCCGUCUCACAGUCUCAGGAGGAGCGGAGGAGGAGGAGAGAUCGAUUCUGGUUUGUCAACCCUCGUGGGGAAGAGGAGGACGUACGUGGGAGGAUUGCUGCCGUAGCAGGCGCCUGCCAGCUACCUCCGUCCUUGGAGCUUAUGAGCGAGGAAGCUGCCGAUGCGCAGGGAGGGGGAGGGCUGGAGGGCGAGCAGGACUGGAACGCGGGAGAUGAGGAGGAGGGACUUGAGUCCAGGAGGGAGGAGGGGGAGGAGAAGAAAGAUUCGAUCGCUGCGAUGCGCAAAGGAAUUGCAGCUGGGGAGGGGUACUUGCACAAGAGAUUUCGGUUCUUUGCCUCGGAAAACAUUGCUGCUCUCUUUAGGUUUCUCUUGGGCUAUCUCUGUAGGAAGGGAGGGGUCCAUCACGUCUGCAAGAGCCUCUUGUCUAUCCUCAAGGACGCGAGCAACGACUCCCUCGCCUCCUCAGUCAUCCUGGCGCUGAACAUGUCGAUCUUGGAGUUUGCGAGGAACGGGGGGAACGCGAGGAGAGGAGCGAGCGAGGGCGGGGAGGGAGAGGCAGAACAAGGGGAGUCGUCGCUGGGACAGGAAGCUGCGGCAGGAACAAGCAAAGCGGAAGAAGCUGGGACAGAGGCAGGGACUUUGAGAGCAGAAGCUGGAGGAGCAGGAGCAGGAGCGGGAGCAGGAGCAGGAGCAGGAGCAGGAGCAGGAGCAGGAAGGGAGCUCUCCUCACAGGACCUCCACUCGCUCAUCACGUGCGUGGAUCUCGUGCUCGACAACUACCUGCAGCUCAGCCGGGCGUACAGCUCGAGGCUGCUGCUCUCAAACGUCCAGCACUCGCCCAGCUCGAGGGCCGUCAGCUCCUCCUGGCUCUACAGCGAAGUCUCGGUAGACAAGGUGCUCACAGCUUGCCUCCUGCUCGAGGGGAUGGGAGACUUUGCAGAGGCCCUGGGCUCCUCCUUCGACCCCUGCCUGCUCAAGGUCGUCUUCCCCCUCCUCUCUGCCGCCUCCCUCCCCUCCACCCACGUGUCAGACGCCGCCAUGCAGACCCUCCGGCGCAUCUGCCGAUCUUGCGGGUACGAGGACGCGACGGCGCUCGUGAGGGAGAACGCGGACUACCUCAUCGAUAACGUCUGCAGGAACCUCGUCAGAGGGUCGUCCGCCAGUCAGCGGGGGUUCGCCCAGGGCCUCUCCUCCUCCUCCUCCUCCUUGCUGCAGUCUCACUCCUCUGAGUCGCGUGAGAACGACGCCUCCCUCCUCCGCGCUUGUCACGCCCUCCUUGUCAUUCUGGUGCAUCUCAACAUGCAGCAGGCGUCUCUGCUGGAGGACACCGUCGAGGCCGUCAAGACAGCGCUGGAGGUCAACGUCAGGGGAUGGAGCAUCCCGCUUGCUCACGUCCUCCCUGCCUUCGUCACCGCCAUCGUCGAGGGCUCGUCGCUGGGGGGAGGAGCAGAGUCAGACAAGCAGGGGACGUGGAAGGCCGAGGAAGAGAAGACUGAGGAGGAGGAGGAGGCUUGUAAGAGGCAAGCUCCCGUGCUCCCGCACGUGGAUGACGAUCAGAACGAGGAGGAGGGGGAGGGGGAGGAGGAGCACCACGACCAGCUGCCCUCUAGCAGGAAGGUGGCUGCUCCUGACACAGAGGCCAGGGCCUCAAGCAUGCUCUUCAGCAUCUUCGAGAUGGCCGAGAGUCUCCUCAGUCACUCCAUCCCCUCCGUCCGCUCCUCCGCCCUCAUCGCCGUAGCUGCCGUCUCCUUCGCUCUCAGGAAGCAGCCCAGGGAGCUGCACCCCAGGAUGCACGUCGUGUGGCCGCUGCUGUGCAGGAGGAUGAAGGAUAUUGAGCCCUCGCUGCGCGUUCAGUCGAUCUCCGCCCUAGCUGCCUGCGUGCGGGACUGCCCUGACUUCCUAGCUGACCGAGCUCUCUCCCACUUCGCUCCUGUGGCGUCUGAGAUCCUGCAGGAGGAGGGGCAGACUAGCUGGCAGAAGGCCCAGCGCAUGGCCCUCCUCCGAUGCCUCAGCACCAUGGCAGUUCAUGUCGCCGCCGCUGCGCAUGCUCGGGAUGCGGAGGAGACGGCAGGGACUGUCGCCCGGAUAUGCGCGCGGCACAGCAUGCUAGCGUCAUCAGAGGUGGAGAGUGCGGCGAGCAUGAGGGUCCUACGGCAGCUGCUCGCUAACGGGGAUCGAGGACGAGUACAGGAGGAGGUGAAGCCCAAGAUAGCUGUUGGAGGAGAUGAGAGAGUAUGUUGGUGGAGACUGUGUGAUAGAGGCAGGAGGCGGAGGAGGUGA